CUUAAAUUUUCUCGCUAAAUUUUCUCCAUAAAGCCAAAAACCCUUUUGAGACUGGCAUUGGUUUCUCGUAAAUUAAUUGGAAAAAGAAAGCGAUGGAGGAGCAUCUCUUUUCGUCAGUUCACUCGACGGUUUUCAAAGAGUCUGAAUCCCUGGAAGGCAGAUGCACUAAAAUUCAGGGUUAUGAUUUUAAUCAAGGUGUUAAUUACUCUCUCCUUCUUAAAUCUAUGCUCUCUACUGGCUUUCAAGCUUCUAAUCUCGGUGACGCCAUUGAAGUUGUUAAUCAAAUGCUAGACUGGAGGCUUUCUAAUGAGGCUAUAGCUGAAGACUCUGACGACGAGGAGAAGGACCCGGCUUAUAGAGAGUCAGUUAGAUGCAAAGUGUUUCUGGGUUUUACUUCAAAUCUUAUUUCUUCUGGGGUUAGAGAUACGGUUCGGUAUCUUGUUCAGCACCAUAUGGUACAUGUAGUGGUCACAACUGCGGGUGGUAUCGAAGAAGAUCUAAUAAAAUGCCUUGCACCCACUUACAAAGGUGACUUUUCUCUACCUGGAGCUCAGUUGAGGUCAAAAGGAUUGAAUCGCAUUGGUAAUCUGUUGGUUCCCAAUGAGAACUACUGCAAAUUUGAGGAUUGGAUCAUUCCAAUUUUUGACCAAAUGUUGAAAGAACAAAUUGAAGAGGUAAUCCUUCCUAUCUUUCAUUUGUUUAUGCACUGGGGUUAUGUUGUGAUAACAACUCCGGAUGGUGUUUUGGAUCAUGAAGGCUCAAAGACGAAAUGUAGUUGGUCGGUUCUUGGUUAUUUUUCAUUAUAG